AAUGUAAGGGGGAGCGCUUGCCCGUGACGUAACCGAUGCUGUUGUGUGAAUGAGCGGAGGAGAAACCUUCUAGCCAUUCCGUUAUGUGCACAAUUACAUGUUUUAAGAGUUGAAAGCAGGACUCACAGCAAUGGAUAUGUGGAUAUGUCAGUUAUCUGCCUGCAUUUUAAAUAGUAGCUACAUGUUUGGAAAUGGUGCAAUCAAACAAGUAAGAAGCCAGUGACACUAAUGCCAGGUUCAGACCUUCAUUGGGAGCACUCGAGAUGAGUUGCGUUGUAGAGCAGGCAGCAGACAUCCUGUCAGUGACAGACCUGGUCCGGGAGAGAUGGAGAGUGGUGAAGAAGAUUGGCGGAGGAGGCUUUGGGGAGAUCUACGAGGUACUGGAUCAACUGAGCCAGGUCAACGUGGCCCUGAAGGUGGAGUCUGCACAGCAGCCCAAACAGGUGCUGAAGAUGGAAGUGGCUGUGCUAAAGAAGCUCCAGGGGAAAGAUCACGUGUGUCGCUUUGUGGGCUGUGGUCGUAAUGACCGCUUCAACUAUGUGGUGAUGGAGCUUCAGGGGAGGAAUCUGGCAGACCUGCGCAGAACUAUGUCUCGUGGAACCUUCACCAUCUCCACCACUCUGAGGCUGGGCAGGCAGAUGCUGGAGGCCAUCGAGAGCAUCCACUCUGUGGGCUUCCUGCACCGGGACAUCAAACCGUCAAACUUUGCCAUGGGGCGCCUGGCCAGCACGUGCCGAUGCUGCUACAUGCUUGACUUUGGUCUGGCCCGGCAAUUCACCAACUCUUGUCAGGAAGUGCGCCCUCCCCGUCCCGUGGCAGGGUUCAGAGGAACUGUGCGCUAUGCCUCAGUCAAUGCACACAAGAAUAAGGAGAUGGGUCGCCAUGACGACCUCUGGUCUCUCUUCUACAUGCUGGUGGAGUUCAUGGUGGGCCAGCUACCAUGGAGGAAGGUCAAAGACAAAGAACAGGUGGGGAACCUGAAGGAGGCCUAUGACCAUCACCUAAUGCUCAAACAUCUCCCUUCAGAGUUCAGCGUCUUCCUGGAUCAUAUCCUGACCUUGGACUACUACACUAAGCCUGACUAUCAGCUACUAAUAUCAGUGUUUGAGAAUGCCAUGAAGAGUCAAAGUGUGUUGGAGAACGACCCGUAUGACUGGGAGAGGUGCGACUCGGAGGAUAUGCUAACCAUCACCGCUUCGGCCACCACCGCUCAGCAAUUCACCCGCCUCACACCAGCGUACAUGGGCAUGGCCAACGCCUCGGUGCUCCCCGGCGAGCUGCAGAGGGAGAACACUGAGGACGUACUGCAGGGCGAGCGCCUCAGCGACGCCGACAACUGUCCCCCCAUCCCGGUCCAGCACCAACGUGCUGCCCAGGGUGCCGACGUGUGGGAGGAGAUGGACCGCAAUCGCAACCGAAAACACACCGCAGCCCAGAAACAACAAAAAGCACUCAUCAGGAAGGUGGUGAGUGAGGACGAGCACAGCCAGAACCAGGGGGGUAACCAGAGCCCCAACACAGGUUCCGUCCAGAGCUCUCCCAGACGGGUGCGCUCAGAGACCAUGUUCCUAGACCGGGCAGCCCCCCUGCUCCGGAGAAUGAGACACAGCCAGAGCCUGGCCUUUGAGAAGAGACUGGCCCCCGAACCCAAGCCCACCAUUGAACGCUUCCUCGAGGCCUAUCUGGGGAAGCAGCGUCCUCAGGAGCGAGAGAAGACCAUCCCAGAGAAUGGCGGUGGGCAAGGGGAGCAGGUUGGCACCCCCUGUGAUGAUGACCAGGCGACAGGGAACCCCGACCAGGAGGAGGGGGCUGGGGCCAGCAGUGGAGGGUUUGUGGCCCUCAACCUUAGCACUGUACCCCAGGAGGGAGACUCCCAGGAGUGGGUGAUGCUGGAGCUGGAACAGGGGGGAGGCAGCGGGGCCUCGGGGGCAGCCAAGCCUCCAGGAGACGACGCUCUGGAUGGGGAUAAACCAGGGACCCAAGCAGAGGCCCAGGACCAACAGCCUCCCUCAGGCCCAAUCAGUCCCGUCCAGUCCCACAUGGCCCUGCCCUGUACCUGGUUACUGGGCGGCAAGAGGCUGCCUGGGAUGCUAGGCCACUUGGGCCGAGCUCAGAUGGAGCAGUCUCCCAACCCCGUACCGCAGUCCCCCGUGACAGAGAAGAGUGAAGCCAUACCGCUAGAGGCCCCGUUCACCAGACCCACCGACCCCCAAGAGGGCAAGGUUGGUGAGACGGUCCAGUCAGCCCCCAGCCCUGUGCCAAGCCUCAUCCCAGCCCACCUCGCCAACGAUAAAGACCCAGAGAGCGACUCUGGCCUCCCCGACCGUUCCUCUGAACCCAACCAGCGCCCCCAGGUUGAGAAAGCUAGAGGCACCGCAGAGAAUGCCGUCACUGUCUCCUCCUCACCCCCUCCGGUCCUCCUGCAAAGGGACUCCCCCUCCUUGUCCAGACUGAGCCGCAUCCCUGUACGAGACCCAACUACUGCCCCGGAUUCCCCCACCCCCCUCACCACGGAUCGCCGUCACCGCUGGAGCAGCCCUGUGCCCGGCUCGCCCUCCCACUCGCCCUCGCCAUCCCUCUCCUGCGACAACCUGCUACCCUGUGGUGUCCGAGAGCGUCUCCUGUCCUGCUCGGACCGCGGCUCACGCUCCGACUGGCUUGGGGAGGACCGUGACCCCCUCUCCCUCUCGCUCUCCUCCUCAGGCAGCAGGAGUAAGAUCCCGCGUCCCGUUAACUCCCCUCUUCUGGGGCCCGAGCAGCAUCAGCAGCUCUCUUCCUCUGGCAGGUUCCUGCCUCGCCCGCCUCCCGGGAAACCGCCCACCCGCCCGGCUGUAGACAACAGUAGGCACCGGCGGUUCCGGGUGCGCGCCAGCAGCACCAGCGAUGCUGACUUCCUGGCCAGCCUGACCCAGCUGAUGAAGGACCGCAGCGGUGCACUCUUCAGUCCACCGCCGCGCCCCCGUAGCUCCUCCUCCUUGCUGCAGCGCUCACUCAGCUCCUCCCCCUCCCGUCACGAGCUCCGCGAGGGGGGUGGGGUCUUCGUGGAGCGCAGCUGCUCUCCGUCCAGCUUCUCGGGGUCCCCUCCCCCUCCACGGUACCCCCAGGACAGGCUCAGCGGGCAGCAGGGAAUACCGUGGGGUGCAGGGCCCGGUGCCCGAGGAAGGGUCUCCAGCCACGAGGGCAAAGGCAGUGGCAAAGUGAGCCGAUAAGUGGACAGAAUUGGCAACAAGUUGUUGUGCAGAAGGAGGAUGAAUGUUGUCCUGGAGGCAGAGCUCAGCGAUUUCCACUAGAUAGGCCGGCUGCAAAGUCAAAAUUUACUAUAUAUCGUAACAAUUAGGUCUUCAUGGGGUUAGGUUUAAAAUUAUAUUUUUGUACUUUGUGGCUGUGUCAGCUAGUGACCAACCUGCAGAGCUGCCUCCAGUACAUGAGUAAUCCCAAUAAAUGCCAACCUGCUGUUCAGAAGGGCACACUGUAGUAAAACGUUUUGCUCCGGUUAACAGACGCGUUCAGGAUGUACCUCUCCGUUUCACUGAGAUUUAAAACGUUUCCUCCCCACUGCACGCGACCCAGGCGGCAAUGGUGACUAAGACUUUAAUAAUGUAUGUACAGAGAAUAUACUGUAUCUGGUCUUUGAUAGCAUGUGUAAAUAUCUAUUAUCUACUACUGUACUCCAGGGAAUGUACUGUAUGUAAUGUAAAAUGUAUGAUAGAAUGUGUCUAUUUAUUUGUUGGAUGCGUCUCGAACUGAAAGUACUUGACAAAUGUAGCUGGGUUCUGCAGUCGAAACGAAGAAAAGGUUUCCUAAAAAACCUUGAAUGCCAACUAUUCUCUCCCCGACCCUAGUCCUGUGCUCUUAACACUAUGUAUGUGUGUAUGCAAUGAGACCAAAAAGAUCUGUAUUGUAUCAUAUUUGAGGAAUGGAAAGGAGGUCUCCUAGUGUGUAUAUAUGGACCAUUUUACCCUAGUAUAGAGAGCACUUUAAUGCUGUUCAAUCAAACUAUGUUUUCCUCUUAUUGCACCAACACAUCAGCCUUCAUUUGUGAGGACCAGGGUAUGUAAACUUCAUUCCUCCUUCCCUUUAGAAACCACUACAGUAGAUGAAACAAAUUGUAAUUCAAGCUAUUUAAAGUGUCACUCACUCUGGCAUAUUUACAAUGUAUUUGUAUGCUUUUGUUGUGAGAAAAUCUCUUCGGUCAUGCAGAGGUGUCACAAUGUUGGAAUGUAACGAAAAAUUACAACUCAUACUGAAUUAAUGUAAAAAGUGCAUGGAUAUCAUUGCAAAUAUAUUAUUUUUUUUAAUCAUUUGUACAGUGUCCGCUUAAAAAAAAAUCUGUAUUUUUUAAUAAACUGGUCCCGAUCAAAUAUAUUUAUGAUGCAGACCAGCAAAAUAAGAGUAUUUUUAUUUCCCCAUUGCAGAAUAAUUUAUAAUAAUUUCAGGAUUGCAGAAAAUCAAAUCGGGUGUACAUAUGGCAUUUAGUGAAACAAAAAUAUAAAGGUAACAUGCCACAAUUUCAAAGCUUUUACUGAGUUACAGUUCAUAUAAGGAAAUCAGUCAAUUGAAAUAAAUCCGUUAGGCCCUAAUCUAUGGAUUUCACAUGAUUGGGAAUACAGAUAUAUAUUGGUUGGUCACAGACAGGAGCGUGGAUCAGAAAAUCAUAGUAUCUGGUGUGAGCACCAUUUGUCUCAUGCCGUGUGACAUCUCAUUCUCACAGAGUUGAUCAGGUGUUGAUUGUGGCCUGUGGAAUGUUGUCUCACUCUUCAGUGGCUGUGCGAAGUUGAUGGAUAUUGGUGGGAAAUGGAACACGCUCAAUGUGUGACUUGUCUGGUGAGUAUGUAGGCCAUUGGAAGAACUGUGACAUUUUCAGCUUCCAGGAAUUGUGUGCAGCACCUUGAGACAUUGAGCCGUGCAUUAUAAUGCCAAAACAUGAGGUGAUGGUGGUGGAUGAAUGGCACGACAAUGGGCCUCAUGACCUCAUCAAAGUUUCUCUGCAUUCAAACUGCUAUCAAUAAAAUGCAAUUGUGUUCAAUU